AUGUCGAAGCAAUUGCUAAGAACGAGUUUGCGGAGCUUACUGGAUCGUGUGACCCCCGAUGAGGUCGCAAGGCAAUCUGUCGUUGUAACUGAAACUUUAAAACAAUUGGUUCUUCAAAAGAGUAAAGACAUGGGGAGACCUUUGAAUGUGGGCUGUUAUAUGGGAAUGGACCAUCAGGCUGAAGUGCAGACGUUAGAUCUGUUGAAAUGGUUGUUUGGUUGUACUGAGGCUAUCUCUCAAGUGUAUUUGCCAAGGUGCACAACAACAAGUGUCACAGGUCAAGUCAGUUUAAGACCAGAUCGGUCGAACCAUCCUCAUUUGGUUUUUCUACAAGUUUCGAAUUGGUCGGAUAUAGUGGCUAUGAAGCCUGCAGGGAAAUAUAAGUUACGGGAACCACCAAUGCCACCGAUGACUCAAUCUAGCUCAUUGAUUCCACCACAUAUGGAUUUGAUGGUAGUACCUGGCGUUGGUUUUGCUCCUGAUACAGGUGCAAGGAUCGGAUGGGGUGCUGGUUACUAUGAUGAUUUUUUUCAAAGAUAUCUACUGCGCCAUCCUCAUCUGCCUUAUCUUGUCGGGGUCUGUUUAAAAGAACAAAUAACUAAUGAUAUUCAUUGUGAGCCUCAUGAUCAACAAAUGGAUUGUCUUGUUGUAGGUGAUGGAUCACUAACACCUUUUAAUGUUGUUGAGUAA